GCCAUGCGUUUUAUAGCACUGAGUUAGCUGCUACUCCUAAGAAAAGUCAAAGAAAUUAAUUGUUUCUGUUCUAAUAUGUAAUAUAUGGACCUAAUUCCAGUCUACACCUCUCACAAGCUAUAGCUUUUGACAAUAAUGGUAUCGGGCAGUGGCUUUUAUAUGGUAUAAAUGUUGCACGUCCUGGGUUCAAUUUGACAUAAGCAAAGAAAUUGGUCUUUACUUUUGCUGCUAAUCUGAACAUUUUGUCAGGCUUUUCUAUCCAAUAUUGUUGUUGUCCAUCCCUUGCUUAAUAAUGUCAUUUGCACUGGCUAGCAGUCCAGAUGGGGAUUUCACAUUUACACUGGCUAGUCCACCAGAUGGGGAUUGGACAUCAACACCGGCUAGCAGUCCACCAGAUGGGGAUUCGGGAGGUUUCGGGAGCUGUAGCUGCCAUUAUUAUUGUAAGCUUGUUGGUCUUCAUUGUGAAGGUUGCUAUUUUCUUUAUGGCGUGCUAUAAAAGACCCAUCAUAGGAAAAAGCUCUGAUAGUACUCAAGACUCCCGUUUUCUAACACUUACAAUGGAUAAAUUCCUCAAUGAUAUGGAAAAAGAGAAACCCAUCAGGUUUACUUCUCAGCAACUCCGGAUUGCUACCGAUAUCUUCACCUACUUGUUGGGUUCUGGAGGAUUUGGUGCAGUUUACAAGGGGCUUUUCAGUGAUGGAACCCCUGUUGCAGUGAAGGUUCUGUAUGGGAGUUCUGAUAAGACAAUUGAGCAACAGUUCAUGGCAGAAGUGAGUACGAUUGGGAAACUUCAUCAUUUUAAUUUAGUUCGUCUCUAUGGUUUUUGCUUUGAGUACGACCUGAGAGCGCUUGUUUAUGAGUACGUGAGAAAUGGCUCUCUUGACAAGUAUUUAUUCAAAGAUAAUAAGAUGUUAGAAUUUGAAAUUCUUCAUCAAAUUGCGGUCGGGACAGCCAAAGGAAUUGCUUACUUGCAUGAAGAAUGCCAAGACAGAAUUAUCCAUUAUGAUAUAAAACCCGGUAACAUUCUCUUGGAUGGGAGUUUCUUUCCUAAAGUAGCUGAUUUCGGUUUGGCCAAGCUGUGCAACAGAGAAAAUACUCACGUAACCAUGACAGGAGGGAGGGGAACUCCUGGUUAUGCAGCACCAGAAAUGUGGUUGCCAUUUCAAAUAACGCACAAGUGCGACGUUUACAGCUUCGGUAUGCUUCUGUUUGAGAUAGUAGGUAGAAGAAGGAACACUGACAUUAGUCUCCCAGAGAGCCAAGAAUGGUUUCCAAAGUGGGUAUGGAAAAGAUUUGAAUCCAAAGAAAUGGGAGAUUUGGUCAUUGCGUGUGAAAUAGAGGAGAAAGAUAAGGACAUGGCAGAGAGAAUGGUCAAAGUGGCUCUUUGGUGUGUUCAGUAUAAGCCACAAUCAAGACCAUUAAUGAGUGUUGUGGUGAAAAUGUUGGAAGGAGGUGUGGAGAUUCCUACACCUUUAAACCCAUUUGAGCAUUUGACUUCCGAGAAUCCAUGUCCUGCUCUACCUCCCCAUGGGGCACAGACAAGUAGCUUUUUGGAUUCAGAUUCCUCCCAAAUGACAACAGUAUGUAACUUAGCAUGUGAAACAACACCUAUCAUGAAGAAAUAUGAGAUUGAAAUAGCCUCAUGCUAGUAACCUGAAUAAUAUACUGGUAUUUCCCUGUAUAAUUCUCUAGACACAAAUCAAAUAUUACGAUAUAUGUAGAAAGGAAAUAUCUUGUUUUUCUUA